GAAAAAUGGCAUCCGUGGGUAGUAAUUAUUGCAUCCUCUUCGCGGCAGUAAUUCUUUUCUGUGUCGGAAAUGCACUACCAACAAAAGAACCCCAUCCUGAAGCACUGUUCGAUCUUCUUCGGAACUUCGAGAAAAGAGUUAUUGUUGAAGCUAGUUUUGACAAGCUCGUAGAUGAAACGUUGCCUAAAAUUCGUGGUGCUAUAAUUGCGAAUGGUCUGGAUCCAAUGGAAUUACAGGAAAUUUCACUUCCAGUGCCUGGUCUGCCAGGAGUUUUCAAAGGACAAAUUGAUUUAAACAACGGGUGGUUGCAACAUCUUUCACACGUAAGAAGAGUAGGAAAAUCUCACUUAUCCUAUUCUGAUAGGAAACUCACCGUAGAAAUUAACGUAGGAUGGAAGGAUUUGACUUUUGAUUAUCAAUAUCUUUUCAAAUACUUGGUCGUGAAGAGGAAGGGAAAUGUCCAUGGGCAAGUGAGUGAUGCAGUGUUCCAAUUCGUCUUCGUUUUAGAUUUUGAUACUGCUCAAAUUGAAUUGCAGAAUGUUCAAUUCAAAAAUCCCGGCAAAUAUGAUUUGGAACUUGAGGGUCACUUUAGUGACAGAUUUUUGAAUGCUGCGGUUAAAGUUGUCGCAAACGUGGCAAAGAAUUUCAUUACUUACAAAAUACAAGACAUUUUCCAGACCGUGGCUCAGGACAAAGUAGACGAAAUUAACCAAAUUCUGAAUCCAAAUAUCGUGGAAUACUAAUUAUUUUUAAGUUCUAAUUCUUCAUGUAA